CACACAGGAGUCUUCCAAACAGAAACUUUUCCCGAUUCCCGUACAAAAUCCCUUCCCCUGUUUCUGUAUAUCGUUUCGCGAACUUUCAAUUUCUCUUUCUCCCCAACCUCUCACCGCCGAUCACCACCGUAUAUCUCCACUACCCACCCUAUCGGUCUCACAAGGUUCGACGUUAACUCUUGCUUCAAUCUCCCCCCAAAAAAAGAAAAACCUUUUAUUUCACUUCGAUUCUUCUUUGCCACCGGCAAUUUCUGUAAAUUCGGGGGAUUCCAGUCAUAUUUUUUCAGAAAUUUUGAAAUUCAAAAUGUAAUUGGAAUGUUUUAUGUUUCAUGAUAUUCCCAAAAUUGAUUAAGCAGCUAAUGAAGUAUGGGAUUCUCACCCAUUUGAUGGGGUGCUGAUAGUCCACUUUAUGAAGUAUACCUUAUUUAGAAGGAUACAAGAAAGAGAUGAAUUUCCAGCAUAUGUCGGGGCAGAUUUCUGGGCAGGUUCCAAAUCAAAGUGGCACUUCUUUGCCUGGGCUAGCCCAGCAGAAUGGAAAUCCUUUUCCUAUGCAGAUGCAAAAUCCAGGCGUCCAUCGUACUAUGCCCAACAUGGAGUCUGAGUUCUUGAAAGCUCGCAAACAUAUUUCACGGAAGAUCUAUGAGUAUCUCAUGCGGCGGCAGCAGCAAACCCAGGAGAUGCAACCACAGAGGGUUAUAGAUCUAGUUAAACGCCUGGAGGAGAGCUUGUUUAAGAAUGCUUCGUCAAAGGAGGAGUAUCUGGAUCUAUCUACUCUGGAAAACCGAUUACUUGCCCUGAUUAAACGCCUUCCUAUGAAUAAUCAUAACCAACAAUUUUCCCAGAUCAAUUCGUCAACCUCCAUUGGUACAAUGAUACCAACUCCAGGCAUGCCUCGAAGUGUGAAUUCGUCCCUUAUUGGGACAUCAUCUGUCGACAGUUCUGUGACUGGUGGAAGUACUAUUCCAUCCUCUGCAGUUAACUCUGGAAGCUUCGUGCCGACAACCGAUUUGCCCUCUGGCAGUAUACAUGGCCCCUUGGCAAAUGGAUAUCAACAGUCUACAUCCAAUUUCUCGAUCAAUUCUAGUGGGAACAACCUGGUACCAUCCAUGGGUGGACAAAGAAUAACAAGCCAAAUGAUUCCCACUCCUGGGUUUAGUAAUAGUAAUAAUUCCAAUAGUAAUACCAGUGUACCGUCUUACAUCAAUUUGGAAUCAUCUAAUAGUGGUGCUACCUUUUCUGGUGUUGAUUCCACAACUGUGUCACAGCCACUACAACAAAAGCAGCAUAUUUCUGGUCAAAACAGCCGUAUACUGCAUACACUUGGCAGCCAUAUGGGUGGUGGAAUCAGGUCAGGAUUGCAGAAUAGAUCCUAUGGACAGUCAACUGCGCCUCUGAAUGGGGGACUCGGAAUGAUUGGGAAUAAUUUGCAGCAUUUGAAUGGUCCUGGAGCCUCUGAGGGCUAUACAUCAGCGACCAUGUAUGGAAAUGCUCCAAAGUCGUUAUCUCAACAUUUUGAUCAACAUCAGCGACCAGUAAUGCAAGGUGAUAGAUAUGGUAUUAGCAACAGUGAAACUUCAGUGUCGGGAAACUUGUAUGCUCCUGUGUCUUCUGCAGGGACGGUCAUUGGCAAUCAGAGCUCGAGUGCUGUAGCCUUACAGUCCAUGUCCAAAGCAAACUCAACUCUGAUGAGCAAUCAGUCGAACUUGACUGCCUCUCAGCAGAUGCCAAAUCUAAAGGUUCAACCUGUCGAUCAAUCGGAGAAGAUGAACUUUCAGUCCCAGCAUUAUCUGGGAGAUGACCAUUUAUCUUCUCGUCAGCAUCAACAAUUCCAUCAUCAACAUCGAUUUGCUCAACAUUUAACCCAACAGAAGCUACAAAGUCAGCACCAACAACUUUUGUUAAGGAGCAAUGCUUUUGGUCAAGCUCAGCUGCCAUCUAAUCCUGAUACUCAAGUAAAAUCUGAACCUGAAAAUCAUGAUGAUGCCCAGCGCUCACAGAUCUCUGCUGAGCAAUUUCAGUUUUCUGAUAUGCAAAAUCAGUUUCAACAGAAUACUGUUGGAGACCAAUCUAAAGCAUUGCAGGGUCAAUGGUAUCCCAAGUCUCAUGAUGGGUCUCAGAUACCAGGUAGCUUCUUUGAACCGAAUGCACAAGAGGAAUUGCGUCAGAGAACUUCCACACAAGAGGAAGCUCAGCCCAAUAAUUUAUCUACAGAGGGGUCUUUGGCCAGUCAAUCUGUUGCUAAUAGAGCAGUUGAAACCAAUAAUUCAAGCAGUACGAUAUGCAGAUCUGGUAACGUUCCUCGUGAACGACAGUAUCUUAAUCAGAAGAGGUGGCUGUUGUUUUUGAUUCAUGCACGUCGAUGUUCUGCUCCUGAAGGAAAAUGUCCUGAAAACAAUUGCAUACAUGCACAAAAACUGUUGAGGCAUAUGGAAAGAUGCAUUAAAUUUGAUUGCCCAUAUCCUCGGUGCCCUGAAACAAAGGUUUUAAUUAAUCACCAUAAGCAUUGCAAGAAUGAAAACUGUCCCGUUUGCAUUCCUGUUAAGAAAUUUCUACAGGCACAUCAAAAAGUGUGUGCUCGUCCUGGCUAUAUGUCUGAUAUGGCAAAUUCUCGCAAUGGUACUUGUAGAACCUAUGAUGCUGUUGAAACUUCUUCUAAGUUCGCUGCCAAGACGAGUCCAGUGGCAUUUGAAACUCCAGAAGAUUUGCAGCCUUCUCUUAAACGCAUGAAAAUAGAGCCAUCUUCUCAACCUCUUGUCUUGGAAUCUGAAAAUCUUGUGCCAGUUUCGGCCGGUGAGUCUAAUGUUUUACAAAAUGCUCAGCUUGUUGAACAGAAUGAUGCUGUGGCAAUGAAGACUGCAGACACUGAAGUAAAGAGUGAAACUCUUGCAAAUGCUGUGCAAGUUAACCCUGGUAGUACCGAUAUAGCAAAGGAUAGUUUGGAUGAUACAUACACUCAAAGGCCUGCUGGUGAUUCUGUUGCAUCAAGUACUCCAGCUUGUCUUGUGAAGCAGGAAAAUGUUAAUGCUGACAAGGACAUAGAUCAGCCUAAACAGGAAAAUACAUCAGCGCCUUCUGAAAGUACGAGUGGAUCCAAAUCUGGGAAGCCUAAAAUAAAGGGUGUCUCAAUGAUGGAACUUUUCACCCCAGAGCAAGUCCGGGAACACAUUAAAGGUCUGAGACAAUGGAUAGGCCAGAGUAAAGCGAAAGCAGAAAAAAAUCAAGCAAUGGAGCAUUCUAUGAGUGAAAAUUCUUGUCAGUUAUGUGCAGUUGAGAAGCUAACUUUUGAACCUCCACCCAUAUAUUGUACUCCAUGUGGUGCUCGUCUUAAACGUAAUGCUAUGUAUUAUACCAUUGGAGCUGGUGAUACACGACACUACUUCUGCAUUCCAUGCUAUAAUGAGGCCCGUGGAGACACCAUUGUUGUUGAUGGAACCACCAUUCCAAAAGCGAGGAUGGAGAAAAAGAGAAAUGAUGAGGAAACUGAAGAAUGGUGGGUGCAGUGUGACAAGUGUGAAGCUUGGCAACAUCAGAUUUGUGCUUUAUUUAAUGGUAGAAGGAAUGAUGGUGGGCAAGCUGAGUAUACCUGUCCCAAUUGCUACAUAGCAGAAGUUGAAAGAGGUGAGCGCACACCCUUACCACAAAGUGCUGUUCUUGGAGCAAAAGAUCUGCCUCGAACAAUUCUCAGUGAUCAUAUUGAGCAACGAUUAGCUAGCCGUUUGGAGUGGGAAAGGCAAGAAAGAGCAAUGCGUGAAGGAAGAGGUUAUGAUGAGGUUCCUGGAGCGGAAGGGCUUGUUGUAAGAAUUGUGUCAUCAGUGGACAAAAAGUUAGAAGUGAAACCACGGUUUCUUGAGAUAUUUCAGGAAGAGAACUAUCCGCUGGAGUUUGCAUAUAAAUCAAAGGUGUUAUUGUUAUUUCAGAGAAUUGAAGGUGUAGAAGUGUGCCUCUUUGGCAUGUAUGUUCAGGAAUUUGGAUCUGAAUGCCUACAGCCAAAUCAUCGCCGUGUUUAUCUCUCGUAUCUAGAUUCUGUUAAAUAUUUCAGGCCAGAGAUCAGAGCAGUGACUGGAGAGGCUCUCCGCACAUUUGUGUACCAUGAAAUUUUGAUUGGAUAUCUAGAAUAUUGCAAAAAGCGUGGUUUCACGAGUUGUUAUAUUUGGGCAUGUCCUCCAUUGAAAGGUGAAGAUUAUAUAUUAUAUUGCCACCCCGAAAUUCAGAAGACCCCAAAAUCUGACAAACUCAGAGAGUGGUAUUUAUCAAUGCUAAGAAAAGCUAAGAAGGAAAAUAUAGUUGUUGAUCUCACUAAUUUAUACGACCAUUUCUUUAUAUCCACGGGAGAAUGUAAGGCUAAAGUUACUGCAGCUCGUCUACCUUAUUUUGAUGGGGACUAUUGGCCUGGUGCUGCAGAGGAUAUGAUUUAUCAACUUCAGCAAGAAGAGGAUGGGAGAAAGCAGCAUAAGAAGGGAACUAUAAAGAAGACCAUAACAAAAAGAGCUCUAAAAGCAUCUGGUCAACCUGACUUGUCUGGGAAUGUAUCUAAGGAUCUGCUUCUAAUGCACAAACUCGGCGAGACAAUUUCUCCAAUGAAGGAGGAUUUUAUUAUGGUUCAUUUACAGCACGCAUGCACCCAUUGCUGCGUACUAAUGGUAUCUGGAAAUCUUUGGGAGUGCAAGCAAUGCAGGAACUUUCAGCUCUGUGACAAUGUGAAAUCAAGGAGGUACCUCAUGACACCAAGGAUGAAGAUGAAAUUCUUGAGAGUGAGUUUUUUGAUACAAGGCAGGCAUUUUUGAGCCUUUGUCAAGGAAAUCAUUACCAAUAUGAUACCCUGAGGCGUGCUAAACAUUCCUCAAUGAUGGUCCUUUACCACCUUCAUAAUCCCACUGCACCAGCAUUUGUGACAACUUGCAA